CAGGCAUACAUACAGUGACACACACUCACACACAUACACUGCACGUAUACACACUCACACACAGCUCUCUCUCCGCUAACCUAGCAUUUGUGCUUCUAAUGGACAUUAGAAGAUGAAUCUCCACAUUGCUUUGAGUUUUUUGUGUCUUUGUAUUCUUGGUUUAACUGCAUCCCAAGAAUGUGUAAACAAAUAUGUAGGGGAAUCCUAUACGAUUACAUUGAAUUCACCUCAACAAGAUGGAGAUAUGCUGGUCUGGAAAUGUGAUGACAUGAUCAUUUAUAAACGGAGGAAGGGAAGGGUUGAUCCAGCUGCAAAUGUGGAUGACCAAGGCUCCCUUACUCUGAAAAACCUUUCCAAGUCAAUGACCUGUACAUACAAGGCUGAACAUCAUGAUAGAGAUGGGAAAGCACUUAAAACACACUCUGAGAGUCUCUGUGUGUUCCAACCUGAAUGUGUAAACAAAUAUGUAGGGGAAUCUUAUACGAUUGCAUUGAAUUCACCUCAACAAGAUGGAGAUAUGCUGGUCUGGAAAUGUGAUGACACAGUCAUUUAUAAACGGAGGAGGGGAAAGGUUGAUCCAGCUGCAAAUGUGGAUGACCAAGGCUCCCUUACUCUCACAAAUAUCUCUAAGUCAAUGGCUUGUACAUACAAAGCUGAACACCAUGAUGAUAGUGGGAGAUUAAUUAUAGAACACUCUGAGAGUAUUUGUGUGUUCUCCAGGAUUCCAGACCCAAAGUUGGAGGUGGAAUGUUCCCCAUCAGGUUUGGCGACCCUCCAGUGUGGUCCUAAGAACCUUCCUGAGGGCAUCACACUGAUGUGGUUCCACAACGACAUUGAAAUGAAGAAUGAGACGUCUAAUCCUCUAGAACUUCAGAAUUACGGGAUAAAGAAUCGCUACAAAUGUAGACUUAGUUAUGGUCACGACAUGGAAGACAGUAAAGAAGAAACCAUAUGUGAAGUCUCCGAACCUACAUGUGUAAACAAAUAUGUAGGGGAAUCCUAUACGAUUACAUUGAAUUCACCUCAACAAGAUGGAGAUAUGCUGGUCUGGAAAUGUGAUGACAAGGUCAUUUAUCAACGGAGGAAGGGAAAGGUUGAUCCAGCUGCAAAUGUGGAUGACCAAGGCUCCCUUACUCUCACAAAUAUCUCCAAGUCAAUGACCUGUACAUACAAGGCUGAACACCAUGAUAGAGAUGGGAAAGCACUUAAAACACACUCUGAGAGUCUCUGUGUGUUCCAACCUAAAUGUGUAAACAAAUAUGUAGGGGAAUCCUAUACGAUUACAUUGAAUUCACCUCAACAAGAUGGAGAUAUGCUGGUCUGGAAAUGUGAUGACACGAUCAUUCAUAAACGGAGGAGGGGAAAGGUUGAUCCAGCUGCAAAUGUGGAUGACCAAGGCUCCCUUACGCUGACAAAUAUUUCCAUGACAAUGGCUUGUACAUACAAAGCUGAACACCAUGAUAAAAAUGGGAGAUUAAUUAAAGAAAUACAAGACAGUAUUUGUGUGUUCUCCAGGAUUCCAGACCCAAAGCUGGAGGUGGAGCUUUCCUGAGGGCAUCACACUGAGAUGGUUCCACAACAACAUUGAGAUGAAGAAUGAGAAGUCUAAUCCUCUAGAAUAUCAGAAUCAUGGGAUCACGGAAGUAAUGGUCACGACGCGGAAGACAGUAUAGAAGAAACCGUAUAAUGUGAAAUCUAAAUAUCUAACAAAUCUAACAAAGAUUCUUAGCAUAUGUGGUAGAAAUGUUGGCGUUACUAACAAAUCUUAGCAAUAGAAAUGAUUACUAAUACAGUAUGUUUAUAAAUAUUAGAAGUGAAUUCUAAUUUACAUUUAUUACAUAGAGGUGAUUAAUAUUACAGUUUCAUAUAUUAUGUGCAUGCUUUUCUAAACAUUAAAUAAUGUGCAUCAGC